ACCGAGGAAAAUUUAGCUACUGGACGAAAUUGCAAAGAUUUUGUAAAGUUUUCAUUUAAACAGAAAUUAUAAUACAAACACUCAAAAACAAUGGAACCAAAUACUGAGACCGCGGAGGUUAAAAAAACUUUGGAAUAUAGCGAUGCAGUUGAAGCCCCCUAUGAGAAAGUCAAAAUAGAAGAUUGUUCUGAUGACAGUGAUCACAUUGAUGUGCCAACCAUUGUUCAAUUGCCGAUCAAAUACUCAAAGGCAGAAAUGAAGACUGAAGCUAAGUCUGAGGAUAUUAUUGAGGAAGUCGAGCUAGACAGCGAUGAAGAGCAAGGCGAAAGUGAUAGCGAUGUGGUAGAAACGGUGAAAAUAAUGGAUAAACCCGAAAUUGCGGCAGUUGUUGAAGAAAACAAUAAUGAGAGGUCAACAAUUUCAUCUAGUGAUGACAAAUCAGUGGGGGUAGAGACAGCCUCCUCUACACUAAUAACUAUGAAAACGGCUGUAACGGAUGUGAAUUUGGUGGCAAGUUCCGAAGUAGGAGAACAGCAACAAGCAAAGGAGGAAAAAGAAAAUGUGAUAGAUGAAGAAAAUGAGGAAGAAGACAUAAAUAGCGGCGAGGAAACUCACUUGGGAGUCGAGGCUAAGGAGGAGCAAGUAACUACUGACCCCGGUGCAACAGAAUUAAAACUAAAAUUAAAUGAAAAUGCAGCAACAACGCGAAAAGUAGUUUUAUGUGCUGCGCAACCGCUUAUCGAUGAUACGCAACUUAACCAGCAGCAGCCACAGCAUGUCCAAGGGGAAAACUGGAAUGAAACUAUUAAGAAUAUCAUUUCGGAUGUCGGAUCAAAUAUAGAGCAGGAAAAUAUUGCUAUACUGAAGCAAAAGCAGAAGGAGUUGCUAGAAAAACAGCAAGAAUUAGCACAGCAAAUACGUCAACAACAAUUAAUUGCUCAACAAUUAGCCGCUGAAAAUCUAAUCCACCAACAACAAUUAGAGCAACAAAAACAACCAGAACAAGAAACACAAACUAAUCAUACUUCAUUCCAACACCAGCCAACACUAAUCACACCUUAUCAGCCAAAAGGAAAUAUUUCGAAAUAUUCGACAAUCGAGGAAACUAAAGAUGAACAUGGUUACACCCGAAAAACAGAAACUUACGAGUCAAAGGAGUCUUCAAAUGCUACGAAACAUAUUGACUUGCACAAGAUCUUCACUCCAGCAACAGAUGCUGAAGAGAUUUUGCCGAGAAAUAGAAAGCUGUAUUCUUCAUCAGCAUUUUAUUCGCCGGCUUUGCAUCCCACGGUGGAAGAUCAAGUUGAGCUAGCACGCAGAAUAUCACAUUCUUUGAGCGACAUUAGCAACCAGAAAUCAAAAGGCCAGUCGAUGUACGUGAAUCGUAAAAAGCGCUCCGUUAAGUGGGUGCACGAGGGUGCUGGUCAAGUCCCUUACCGCAGCCCGAAGAGAACACAAAAUUGAGCAAAACUUACCCCG